AUGCAUGUUACUAAGAAGAAAACAAGACGUGGAUCACGAAAAAUAUCGUUUACAGAUGAUGACCCUAAUUAUGAAGAUUUUUCACUUGUUUGGCUUGAUGAAAAGAGAAAUCAAAAUGAUUUUCAAUGCCAAUUACGUUGUAUUAUUAAUUACUUAAAAUUAUUUCAUAAUAUCGAACAAUGUAUCAAUUAUGUACUUUCUGUUACAUCAGAAAAAAUUUUUUUAAUUAUUUCGGAUACACUAUCAAAAACUGUUAUUCCUCGUAUUCAUGAUCAUUCUCAACUCGAACAUAUCUAUAUAUAUUGUCGUCGUCGUACGAUUCGUGAAUCAUCUAUACAAACCUAUGCAAAAGUUAGUGGCGUUUUUAUUGAUAAUAGUUCAUUGAUGACAAAGUUAAAAGAAGAUUAUCAAGUAUCAUCUCAGAAUUUAUGUUCGACAAGUGUCGUAACAUCGGAAGAAUCGAUAAAUAAUUUCAAUCUAAACAAUUCGCCUGUUAAUUGGUUUCCAUUAUUAAUUGAAACAGUUAUUCGUACACCUCAAUCUAAUUCGAUAAAAAAACAUUUAUUAAGUAAAUGUGAACUUGAUUAUAUUGAUAAUGAAUUAGAACAAAAAUCAAUUGAAGAUUUUCGUCAAAAUUAUAAGUCAACUGAUGUUAUAUCAUGGUAUAAACGUGAUUGUUUUAUUUAUCGUCUAUUAAAUAAAGCAUUUCGUUCAGAAGAUAUUGUUACAUUAUUUAAAUUCAGAUUUUUUCUAGCUGAUAUACAUCAUCAAUUAGAAAAUCUUCAUUUAAAUUAUAUUGAACAAUUAUCAAACGAACAAAAACAAUGGACAUUUUAUCGUGGACAAGGUAUUAGUAGUGAAGAAUUAAAUAAAAUUAAAAUCAAUAUUAAUAAAUUAAUUUCGAUAAAUACAUUUUUUUUAACAACAACUAAUUUUCAAACAGCUAUUACAUGUGCUAAAAAUGGUGAACGAAAUUCAUUUAUUGAAUCAAUUGUUUUUGAAAUAGUCGUAAAUCGUUCGGUUACAAAAUCUGCCAAACCAUUUGCUGAAAUUAAUAAAGAUAAUGAUCAAAGUGAAAUUCUCUUCUCACCAGGUACUAUUUUUCAAAAUGAAUCUAUUGAACAACGUGAUUCAAUAUGGUAUGUUAAAUUCAGAUUGAUAGAUGAAAAACAAACUAAAGAAAUGAAUCAAAUUAAUGAAUUAUUAAAACGUGAAAAUGAUUAUGCAUCACCAUUAACAUUAGUAGGUUAUUUUCUAUGGAAAAUUGGUAAUUAUGAUAAAGCUAAACACAUCUUUGGUAUUCUAUUUGAAGAAUUACGUUCGUUUGAUUAUGAUCAAAUUUCUUCCAUCUAUAACGAUAUUGGACUUUUAUAUAAUGAACAUAGUUACUAUAACGAAGCAUUAGAUUAUUUUGAAAAAUCACUUAAACAUGCAAAGAAAAAUCGUUCAUUAAAUAUUGCUCACAUAAGUACAAUAUUAAACAAUAUUGGAUUGAUAUUUGCUAAUAAGAAAAAAUAUCUAGAAGCAUUGAAAUAUAAUAAAGAAGCAUUACAAAUGCGACUUGAAAUUAACGAUCCGAAACCAACAGAUCUUGCUGAUAUUGCUACAAGUUAUGCAAAUAUUGGAUGGAUAUAUGCAAAUAUGCAUUUAUUUUCACAAUCAUUAAUUAAUCUUGAAAAAUCUUUAGAUAUUCGAUUAAAACAAUUACCAACUAAUCAUCCACACAUAGGACAAUCUUAUAAUUAUAUUGGAUAUGUUUAUUUUCUUCAAGGUUACUAUAAAAGAGCAUUAAAAACAUAUCAUAUAGCACUCGAUAUUAAUCUUGCAUCACUUGCUACCAAUCAUCCUGAUCUAUUAAAAACAUAUAAUAAUAUUGGUGCAGUUCAUUUUGGUGAACACAAGUAUUCAUUAGCUAUAGAAUAUUAUGAGAAAGCAAUUGAAAUUGGUACCACAUCAUUGCCAAGCGAUCAUCCAACAAUUGUACAAAUGUUUCAAAGCAUGGCAUAUGUCUAUAAGUCAAUCAAAGAUCAUUCUAUGGCACUCAAAUAUUUUCGAAAAGCUUUAGAAAUUGAAAAGAAUCGUCCAAAACUAAAUCAUGCAUUACUUUUUGAAAUCUAUACUCAUAUCGGCACAAGUUAUGAAUCUAUGAGUAAGAAUUCCAAAGCACUCAAUCAAUAUAAAACUGGUCUUAAGCAUGGUUUUAAAAUGAAAAAUCAAAAUUAUUCUCGUAUACAUACUGUUCAAAGUGCUAUUCAAAGAUGUAUUAACCGAGCAGAUCAAUUAACCGUUAAAAGUACCAAGAAACGAUGA